UAGCAACAGGAUUAUCUCGCCAGCAAAAUAUCUCCACUUGCAUGAUUUCGUACCGUUUGCCAGGAAAUUCAGUGAAUCCAUUCCUAAUCCCUCAUAUUUCUCCUCCCCCACCUCUCGUUACAGUACAAAAGAGCCUGCUUGACAUUUAAAACUGCAGAACUUGUUCAUAUUUCGUUUUUCUUAUAAUAUCUUGAUCUAUGUAUGAAGAAGAGGUUCAGCAAGGAAGGGCUUCUAAGAGGAGAAGAAGUAUCAAAAAGUUUCAGAAAGAAGUUGAAAUGGAGAAACGAUUAAGGCGAAGUUCAUUGAGUCAGAUACACAGUGCGGAGCAAAAGAGAAAUCAAGCAAAUAGGAACAAAUCGAAAGCUGUUUCUGCAAGCUACCCUUUCAGUGCACAAUCCUUUAUGGUACUUUUCUGUGUUACAGUAUCUCUACUGAUUCUUCCGCUUAUGCUGCCUCCAUUGCCUCCACCACCUUUAAUGCUGCUUUUGAUUCCUAUAGGCAUACUACUUGUUCUGUUGAUUCUGGGUUUUAUGCCUUCAGAUGUUAGGAAUAUUGCCUCCUCUUAUUUGUGGGAGUGAAUAAGUAAUGUAUUUUUGGUUUGAUAUUAGCGUGAGUGAGUUUCAUUAACUGUAUGAUGUCCUGCUGGUUUUGUUGUUAAUCCUUUGGAAUGUGUUUAUAUACAGAAGCUUUCAAUGAAAGUUAACAAUGAAGUUGAAUUCUGAAUAUAUUUGUUUUA